CUGCAAGGGGCUCUAGAGUGUAUGGAACAGAUGGAAUGUUCACCAGCACGACAACCUCUGCCACAGUGACUUUUUAAGCACUGGAAUCACAGAGUGUUUACUUAAGGCCGUGGAAGCUAAAUUCUUAGCACGUGCUGGAGAGCAAUGAAAAAGAUAUUUACUUUAUGAAUUAAAGCUGCAGUCAGUGUGAGCCUGAAGCCUGAAGGAAAAAGAGCAACAGAUCCAGGGAGCAUUCACCUCGCCUGUCUCCAAACAGAGCCACCAAGGAGGAGCAGGGGAGCAACGACCAGGGCAGAAGCUGAGACCACCCAGCAGAGGAGCUAGGCCAGUCCAUCUGCAUUUGCAUUUGUCACCUAAGAACUCUUACCAUGAAGACCCUCCUAUUGUUGGCAGUGAUCAUGAUCUUUGGCCUUCUGCAGGCCCAUGGGAAUUUGGUGGAUUUCCAGAAAAUGAUUAAGUUGACAACAGGAAAGGAAGCUGCAUUCAGUUAUGGCUUCUACGGCUGCCACUGUGGCGUGGGUGGCAAAGGAUCCCCCAAGGAUGCAACGGAUCGCUGCUGUGUCACUCAUGACUGUUGCUACAAACGUCUGGAGAAAAGUGGAUGCGGCACCAAAUUUCUGAGCUACAAGUUUAGCAACAAGGGAAGCACAAUCACCUGUGCAAAACAGGACUCCUGCAGAAGUCAACUGUGUGAAUGUGAUAAGGCUGCUGCCUACUGUUUUGCUAGAAACAAGAGUACCUAUAACAAAAACUACCAGUACUAUUCCAAUAAACUCUGCAGAGGGAGCACCCCUCGUUGCUGAGUCCCCUCUUCCCUGGAAACCUUCCACCCAAUGCUGAGUUUCCUUCUCUCAUACCCUCUCUCCCUACCCUAACCAAGUUCCUUGGCAAUGCAGAAAGCAUCCCUCACCAUCCUAGAGGCCAGGCAGGAGCCCUUCUAUACCCACCCAGAAUGAGACACCCAGCAGAUUUCCCGCCUUCCACUGCUUUCCUCCACCUCAACUCCAUGCUUAAUCAAAGAAACUGUACUCCGAGGGUUCUCUUCUGAAUAAAGCAAUUAGCAAAUCAU